AGGAGGAAGGGCUGGGAGGCAGAGGCAGAGGCAGGCAAGUUCUGACAGAGAACAAGUGAGAAUAAAACUAGUGAGACAUUAACCCUGCUCCCUGGGGAAAGGAGAACGGAGAACAACCAGAUGAAGCCAGCCUGAAGCUCAUUCCUGUCUCCUGCCAAGGAAAGGGAUAUCACUCAAAUCAUCAUGGAUUCACUCGGCGCAGCAAACACUCAGUUUGGGUUUGCUCUUUUCAAAGAGCUGAAGAAAACAAACGAUGGCAAUGUCUUCUUUUCCCCCGUGGGCAUCUCCACUGCCAUUGGUAUGAUCCUCCUAGGGACCCGAGGAGCCACUGCCUCGCAGUUACAGAAGGUGUUUCACUUUGAAAAAGACACAGACAGCACAAGAAUAAAGACUGGAGAAAAAGAGAUUGGAGAGACGGAAAAGAUACAUCAGUACUUCCAAAAGUUUCUGACUGAAAUAAGCAAACUCAGUAAUGAAUAUGAGCUGAACAUAACCAACAGGCUGUUUGGAGAAAAAACAUACCUUUUCCUCCAGAAAUACCUAGAUUAUGUUGAAAAAUAUUACCAUGCAUCUUUGGAACCUGUUGAUUUUCUAAAUGCAGCAGAUGAAACUCGAAAGAAGAUUAAUUCCUGGGUCGAACUCCAAACCAAUGAAAAUAUCAAGGAUUUAUUCCCAGAUGGCUCUCUAAGCAGUGCCACCAAGCUGGUGCUGAUCAACACAGUUUAUUUUAAAGGGCAAUGGGACAGAGAGUUUAAGAAAGAAAAUACCAAGGAGGAAAAAUUUUGGCUGGAUAAGAGUACAAGCAAAUCUGUGUUGAUGAUGACACAGUGCCAUUCCUUCAGCUUCACUCUCCUGGAGGAUUUGCAGGCCAGAAUCCUGGGGAUUCCAUACAAGAACAAUGACCUCAGAAUGUUUGUGCUUCUGCCCAAUGACAUAGAUGGCCUGGAGAAGAUUAUAAAUAAAAUAACUCCUGAGAAUUUAAUAGAGUGGACUAGCCCAGGGCAUAUGGAAGAAAGGAAUGUGAAUUUACACUUGCCCCGGAUUGAAGUGGAGGGGAGUUAUGAUCUUGAACCUGUCCUGCCCGGCAUGGGGCUGGAAGACGCCUUCAGUGAGUGCCAAGCUGACUAUUCGGGAAUGUGUUUACUCUCUGGGUUGCACGCCCAGAAGUUCCUGCACAGGGCCUUCGUGAAGAUCACCGAGGAAGGCACCGAGGCUGCUGCUGCCACCGGAAUAGGAUUUGCUGUCACCUCAGCCUCGGGUUAUGAAGAUUUUCACUGCAAUCAUCCCUUCCUGUUCUUCAUCAGGCACAAUGAGUCCAAUAGCAUCCUCUUCUUUGGCAGAUACUCUUCUCCAUGAGGCAGGCAUUGCCAUAAUAUUGUUUCUCAUCAAUAAAACAACCAGCAGUGUUGAUUUUUAAUACAAUAAUGGAUAUUGCCCAUUUUUUAAAAUUUUGCUUUACUUGAAUGCAUUCUAAUGUUUUUUUAACUUUUAUUUAAUAAAUAUAAAUUUCCAAAGUACAG